AUGGACCCAGAUACGCCUGUCGCCAAUGACGCCCAGCCGUCCAUCUUUCGCUGGAUUCUAGGGUUCCUGAUGGUCGGCGCGUGUUGGGGGCUCACCACGCCAUUCAUGCGCAAAGCCGCUAUGAACUAUACUCCUCCGACGCAUCCUGCUUUGACUGACUCGAGGAAUUCCGCGUUGAAGAGAAAGGCUUUGGGUAUCUGGUAUGCGGUGAAGGGCGUGCUCAGUAGGCCGGCUUACGCCGUACCUCUGCUGCUCAACGUCACUGGCAGCGUGUGGUUCUUCAUCUUGAUUGGCAAGGCUGAGCUGAGUCUCACCGUGCCGAUCACAAACUCACUGGCAUUCAUGUUCACGGUGCUGGGUGAGUGGUGGGCCGAGAAGAAGGUCAUCAGCAGAGACACGUGGAUAGGAUUGGGCCUGGCGCUCGCUGGCAUUGCGCUAUGUGUGCAGAGCAAGUCAUAG